ACAAUGUACAAAUUGAAACCAAGAAGGGCAAUAUCGUCACUAGCUAGGACAAAUUUUCUCUUCUCCAGAGCUUUUCCUUUCAUGGGUGCAGCCUUUGUUUCCUUCUUCGUUCAUCGACUUAGUGCGGCAGGCGAUGAGGUCGAGAGGCUGGACAAUGAUCUCAUGCUCUUAAAUGCCGCCCUUCACGAAAUGGACGGGGAUCAGGUGGCCGAGUGUCGGGAAGAAAUACAUCUCAAGAGGCAGAUCAAGGAGCUUCUUUAUGAUGCCCAAGACAUCAGAGAAUCAUGGUUGAUCCACCUGGCGGCCAACGAUACUACCUACGGCGGCCUACGGCUAGGUACCGAACUGGUAGAAGAGAUCAACUCCAUUCGGCAGCAUAGGCUACGGCCCAUGCGUCGCAUGAUCGGGGUAUAUAGAGAUCUGCAACUCCAACCAAAGCAGCCCACCAAAGCCAAUCGGGUUCCUUCAGUGCAGCUAAACAAUGAGGUUCUGCCCAUCAGACAAACCAAGAUUGAUUGUUUUGCAAAAGAGGAAGAAGCUUUACGAAAAAAUCUCAUGAAAAAAACGGAGGAAGUUGAUGUUAUCUCCAUCACCGGCAUGCCUGGCAUAGGGAAGACGACGCUGGCGUGGAAGAUUUAUCAAAAUGAGGAAAUUAAGGGAGAAUUCCCCACUCGCAUUUGGGUUGAUAUUCCUAUCCACUUCAGCCGCAGGGAUUUGUAUCUCAACAUCAUUAAAGAAUAUAUCAAACAGGGCGUGGCUGGUUAUGAGGAUGUAAGGACCCAGCUAUCUAUGCCUUCAGUGACCUGCAGCGUGGAAUCAUAUCUUCAUUUUCUCGAUGCAUUUGCUGAAAGUGGCAAGAUUAGCGAUGAUCAGUUAAUCGAUGGAGUUCGAGCCUGUCUGAAGAUGAGCAAAUUCUUGUUAGUCCUGGAUGACGUAUGGACCGACGUGUCCUUGAGCAAUAUCAUGCUCUUGUUGCCAAAGUGUGGCAAAGUCCUGAUCACCACUUGCAAUGCUUAUGUUAUGAGGGAGCCUCAUGUGAUGAGGCUGAGAUUCCGAAAUGAUGAGGAAAGUUGGGAGUUACUCCAGCGGGAAGUAUUUGGCAGGCUCGGCGUGUGCCCUGAGACAUUGAGAUCCGCGGGCAGAGCUAUAGCCCAAAACUGUGGUGGAUUGCCACUUGCAAUUGCUGCAGUUGGGGCGAGGCUUGGGGUCGCGUCCUCAGCAGCAGCAGCAGCAGCCGAGUAUCUCAACGAGCAGUGGUGGAAGAAGGUGUCUGAGAAUGUGAUGGUGCAUGUCACAGAUCAUGACCAGCGACGUAUAUUCACGAGCACAGAGCUGAAGUACACUGCGUUAACUCAACAAUUGCAAGAUUGCUUCCUGUAUUUGGGAGUGUUUCCUCAAGAUUACGAGAUCCCUGCCUCGACAGUGACUCGCUUGUGGAUUGCCGAGAGAUUGAUACAAGAUAAUCGGAGUGCCACCCCGGAGGAAGCCGCGGAGCAGACUUUGUCUGAUCUUGUAAACAGAAACUUGGUCAUUGCUGGUAAGAUUUAUCCCAACGGCGAAAUCAAAACGUGCCGUCUUCACAAGUUCAUGUAUGCAUUCUGCAAAUAUAAAGCUGCAGAGCUAGAGUUUUACCAUGAGAUCAAAAGUUCUGGAGGAGGGGCCAUUGAUGGUCUAAUUUCUCUCGCACCAUAUCAUCGUCGUCUCUGUAUCAACUCCCAUCUCCCCGAAUUCCUUUCCACUGCGCGAAAGGAACGACACGUUCGUUCCCUUCUAUGUCUCAACGAGGAAGACAAAGCCGUCCUUCAUCCAAAGCACAUUUCCACCAUCCAUAAAUCCUUCAAGUGGCUCAAGAUUUUCGAGUGCAAGGUGGCUAAAUUCACUAAAUUUCCCACCAUGUUGUACAAUCUAAUGAAUCUGAGGUACAUCUCUCUGUCUUGUGAUAAUCUUGAUGUUAUCCCUGAAACCAUCUCGUCGCUGUGCUACCUAGAAACUCUGGUAGUGCAUACUGAGUCGGCUUCUGUUAAAGUGAAGGCUAAUAUAUGGAGGAUGUCAAAGCUGCGGCAUUUGGUGACAAAAGCAGCCAUUUUCCUAGCCAUGAAAGGAGAAGGUGAAGCAGGCAAAGAUCUUCAUACACUAACUAGAUUUGCUCCCGUGAGUUGCACGAAAGAUGUGUUCACUAGGGCCCCUAACCUAAAGAGGUUGGGGAUUCGAGGCAACUUAGCUGAUCUUUCAGAUGCCGACUCCUUGAAGAAAUUGGAGCGCCUUGAAAAUUUGAAGAUGGUGAAUGAACCCGCAAGAGAAAUUCAGCUUGAUCCAUACCGUUUCCCACCAACUAUAAAGUGGCUCACACUGUCAGGCACAUACUUGAAAUGGGCGAGUAUGUCGACAUUGGGAAAGAUUGAAAGCCUCGAGAUCCUGAAGUUGAAAAACAAUGCAUUCCUUGGGGAAUCUUGGAGCAGUAGAGCUGAGGAUGGCUUUGGCCGUCUCAGAUUCCUGUUGAUUAGAACCACAGAUUUAGUUUCUUGGGAGGCAUCGGAUGAUUGUUUUCCUAGUCUCGAGCACCUUGUGCUUAACGAUUGCGAAAACCUCCAACAAAUUCCAUCAACUCCGCCGAGAAACCUCUACAAGUUGGAUGUAGACGAGACCGUAUCUGAAGCUGUAGCUGAGUUUGCCGGGAAAAUUAAUCAGGCAAGGGCUGAAUCAAAUGAGUGAUCUGAUUCCAAGUUGAACAGGAUACAAAGUUAUUGGGAUGUGUUUGUCUCGAUCAAAUCCACCUAAAUAUUAGAUUUGAAUUGAUCCUCGACAUUUGCAAGAAGAGUGCCCCUUUUCUGCAUGUAGAAAGUGGUUUCGUGUGUUGAAGUUGUAACAUUCUCGUCACUUCAAAUUUCUAUUUUGUUCAGACUGUCAGUAGAUUUUUAAAUACUCUCUCUCCGUACAGGAAAAUAAGACCUAAUUUAUCA